AUGAAGAUGUUGCAGUUCAUCAACGCCACCCUGGGACUGCUGCUGGUGGCCGCCGCCCUGGUAUCGGCCGAGCAUCAUCACGCCCCGUCCUACGAACACCCAGCCGGACCGCCGAUCCCGAUCGUGCACAGCGAGUCGUACAGCAGCCACGACGGAAGCUACAAGUUUGCGUACGAAUCCGGCAACGGCAUCGUGGCCCAGGAGGAAGGAUUCGUCAAGAACGCCGGCACCAAAGACCACGAAGUGCAGGUCGCCCACGGCUCGUACUCGUACACCGAUCCGCACGGAGUGCCGGUGUCCGUGAGCUACGUCGCCGACGAGAACGGCUUCCAGGCGCAGGGAUCCCACCUGCCGACGCCGCCGCCGGUGCCGAAGGAGCUGAUCGAUGCCUACGCCAAGGCCGCCAGCCAGCCGCAGGUGCACGAUGAGCCCGAGUACGCCCAGCCGGCCCCGCACGGUUACAGCUCGUACUGA